AUGUUUGUGUGUGAGGGGGGGGAGUAUGUUGAUGUGGUUUGGGGUUGGUGGGUGUGGGGGUUGUUGGGUGGUGGGUUGUUGUGGGGGUGGUGGUGGGGGGUUUUGGUGGUUUGGGGGGGUGGGGUGUGGUGGGUUGGUGGGUGUGGGUGGUUGGGGGGUGGGUGGGGGUUGGUUGGUUGGUGGGGGGUGGGGUUUGUGGUGUGGUGUGGUUGGGUGUUGUGGGUGGGGUGUUGUGGGGGUGGGGUUGUGUGGGGUGUGGUUGGUUGUGGUGGUGUUGGUGGUUGGGGUGUGGGGGUGGUGUUUGUUGGGUGGGUUGGGGGUGGUUGGGGUGGUGUUGUGUGGGUGGGUUGGGGUGGGUGGGUGGGGUGUUGGUGGGUGGGGGUGGGGUGUGGGUUGUGGGGGUGGGGUUGGUGGGGGUUGGUGGGGUGUGUUUGGGUGUGGGUGGGGUUUGGUGGUGGUUGGGGUGUUGGGUGUGUGGUGUGUGGGUGGUGUGGGGGGUGGGUGGGUGGGUGUGGGUGGGGGGGUGGUUGUGGGGGGUGGGUGGUGGGGGUGGUUGGGUGGGGUGGUGGUGGGGGUGUGGUGGUUGGGGGGUGGGGUGGGGUGUGGUGUGGUGGUGGGGUGGGGGGUGGGGUGUGGGUGGUGUUGGGUGGGGUGGGGGGUUGUGGUGUGGGGGUGGUGGGUGGGUGUGGGGUGGUGUGGGGUUGGGGGGGUGGGUGGUGGGUUGUGGGGUGGGGUUGGUGGGGUGGGGGUGGGGGUGGUUGGUUGGGUGUUGGGGUGGGUGUGUUGGGGGUGGUGGGGGUGGGGGGGUGGUGGUGGGGUGGGUGUUGUGGUGGGGGGUGUGGGUGGGGUGUGUGGGGUGGGUGUGGUGUGGGUGUGUGGUGGGUGGGGGUGGGUUUGUGGUGUUGUGUGGUGGGUUGUUGUGGGGUGGGGGUGUGGGUGGGGGGUGGGGGGGUGGUGGUGUUGGUGGGGUUGGGUGGGGUGUGGGUGUGGGGGGUGGUGGGGUGGGGUUGGUGGGGGUGGUGGGUGGGGGUGGGGGGUGUGGUUGGGGUGGGGGUGGUGGGGGUGGGUGGGUGGUGGGGGGGGGGGGGUGUGGGUGGUGGUGUGGGGUGGGGGGUGGGGGUGGGGGGUGGUGGUGGGGGGUGGGUGGGGGUUGGGGGUGUGGGGGGGUGGUGGUGUGGGGUGGGUGGGUGGGGGGGUGUGGGGGGUGGGUGGUUGGUGGGGGGGGUGGGUGUGGGGUGGGGGGGGGUGGGUGGGUGUGGUGGGGUGUGGUGGUUGGUGGGGUGGGUGUGGGGGGUGGGGGGUUGUGGGUGGGGUGGGGGUUGGUGUGUGGGGGGGGUUGGGGUGGUGUGGGGGGGUGGGUGGGGGGGGUGGUUGGGGGUGGGGGGGUGGGGGGUGGGUGGGGUGUGUGGGGGUGGUGGGUGGUGUGGUGGGGGGGUGGGGUGGUGGGGGUGGGGGGGUGGGGUGGGGUGGGGGGUGGGGUGGGUGGGGUGGGGUGGGGGGGGUGUGGGUGUGUGGGGUGGGGGGGUGGUGUGGUGGGGUGGGGUGGGGUGGUGUUGGGGUGGGGGUGUGGGGGUGGGGGGUGGUGGGGGUGUGGGGGGGUGGGGUGUGGGGGUGGGGGUGGGGGUGGGUUGGUGGGUGGGGGGUGGGUGGGUGUUGGGUGGGGGUGUGGGUGGGGUGGGUGUGGGGUUGGGUGGGGUGGGGGGGUGUUGGGGUGGGUGGGGGUGUGGGUGGUGGGGUGGUGGGGGGGGUGUGGGUGGGGUGGGGUGUGUUGGGGUGGUGGUUGUGGGUGUGUGGGUGUGGGGGUGGGGUGUGGGGUGGUGGUGUGGGGGUGGUUGGUGGUGGGGUGGUGGGGUGUUGGUUGUGUGGGUGGUGGGGGUGUGGGUGGGGGGGUGGUGGGGGGGGGUGGGGUGGGGUGGGUGUGGGGUGGGUGGGGGGUGGGGGUGGGGGGGGGUGUGGGGGUGGGGUGGGGGGGUGUUUGGGGGGUGGGUGUUGGGUGGGUUUUUGGUGGUGUUUGGGGGGGGGGGUUUUGGUGUGUGGGGGUGUGGGUGGGGGGUUGGGGUGUUGAGGGGGUGGGUGGGGGUUUGUUUUUGGGGGGGUGGGUGUGGGGGUGGUUGGGGUGUUGGGGGGGUGGGGGGUGGGUGGGGGGGGGGUGUUUUGGUUUGGGUGGUGGGUGUGGUUUUUGGGUUGUGUGUGGUUGGGGGGUUUUGGGGGUUUAUGGGAUUUGAGUGA